AUGGGAGCCUAUUUGGAGAAACCUGUAACUGAAAAACAUUUGGAAAAUGGUAAAAGCGAUGAAGUUCAAUAUGGUGCUUGUACCAUGCAAGGCUGGAGAGCUAAUCAAGAGGAUGCCCACAAUUGUAUCUUAAGUUUGGAAGAAGGUUGGAAUAUGUUUGCAGUUUAUGAUGGACAUGGUGGGAGUGAAGUAUCGCAGUAUACGGCAGAUCAUCUACCUAAAUUUCUCAAAAAUAAAGAUUUCCUCAAAAGUUCUGACAGUUUGACGGAAGCUUUCCAAAAGCUUUUCGUUGAAUUCGAUGAUGUUCUCAGAUCUGAAAGUGUUUUGGAUGAGUUAAAGAGAAUAUAUGAGGCUAGUAAAGGCAGUCCAGCCGCUUCGAUUCAUAGCUCUGACGAGGAUGAUCGAAUCAAAACAAUUGAAGAAAGCGAAUUACCAUUAGAGGAUUUGAUAAUGAAGUACGGAGUUGCUGUGCUCAAUAACGGCCCAUUGCUGACUCAAAAGAUUGUGGAUAUGGUCGGUAAGAACAGAAAACGAAAACAGAGCAAUGAUCCUACAGAUGAUUCGAAGCGAUCCAAGAAUACUGCCAAGCUGAAGAAGGAACUUGCCGGUGACGAGAAGUCUGAAAAAGUCGAAGAAGUUGAAGGAGAUGAUGCUGUUGGAGACGUCAAAGAAAGUGCUGAGAAAGACGAGAAGGCCACUGCUGAGGAAGCCACUGAGAAGCACGAAGACGAUGACGACGAGGAUGAUGACUCCGACUACGAGUAUUCUGCCACUGAAGAUGCUGAGAAGCCAGUGAAAGCUGGAGAAGGAGAUGCUGCUGGUGUUUCUGAAUCUGAAUCGGAUGAUGAUGAGGAAGACGAAGACGAAGCUGAGGGUGAAGAAGAGUCUGGUGAAGAUGAAGAAGACGAUGAGGAGAUAGAUCAGAGACAGUUCAGACUCAACAGAAAUGUUUACGAUAUGGGUGACAUACCUGGCGAGGAUUCUGGAACAACUGCAUGUGUUUGUUUCAUGAGCGAUACCAAGAUUGUUGUCGCUAAUAUCGGUGAUUCCCGUGCUGUAUUGUGCAGAGCUGGAAAAGCUAUUGAUCUCUCCGUUGACCAUAAGCCUGAAGAUAAGAUUGAAAGAGAUCGAAUUGAGAAUGCAGGUGGAAUAGUUAAUGAAGAAGGACGUGUAAAUGGUGGGCUCAACUUAUCAAGAGCCUUUGGUGAUCAUUCCUACAAGAAAAACGAUUCCUUGCCUCUUCAAGAGCAGAUGAUCAGCGCUCUUCCUGAUGUUCACAUCGAGAACCGCGAUGUUCAAGAUGAGUUUAUUGUUGUUGCCUGUGAUGGCAUCUGGAAUUCCUUGAAAUCUCAAGAGGUUGUUGAUAUUGUGAGAUUAGGAUUCAAAGAGGGUAAAAGUUGUGAGCAAUUGAGUGGUGAACUCUGUGACGCUUGUCUUGCCGAUUCAACUGCUGGAGAUGGGACAGGUUGUGACAACAUGACCGUUAUAGUUAUUAAGAUCGGAUCCCAAUAA